AUGAGUGCUGCAAUUGCCAUGGCUCCCUCUCCCGCUCCCCACGAAAGAUUCUCUAAUCCUGAACUGCCCGCUCCCUCCACGUCGGCCGCCGCCGCCGGAACUUCCCCAUCAGCACAACGUUCCUCCCUCAAUCUUUCAAAUUCGCAUGCGACAGCUCAGUCCACCAGCAGCAGCCCCAAAGCUGCUGGUCAAGGUAACAAAUCAUCACCAUCUAGCGCCUCCCGAUCCGCUGGCGCACCCCCUAGAAUUAUCGUAAAGAAGGAGCCUGCUUCUCCCAGCAUGACCAACACGCGACCUCGACCGCGCAAACUCGACCUGUCCAAGAACACACCCAAAUCCAACCAGCCAACAUCGGCGCGGCCCAUGACUGCGCGCGACGGCCUGGCUAUUCAAGAAGUUGGUAUUGCUUGCCUCUCUCCCGGCUUCGUCACCCAAGACCCUGUUAUGAAGGAGCAGCUGCAGCGAAGUAUGUCAGUGAGAGAACAACAGCGACACAUUAUCGAGGCCAGACUUCACCAGCAGUCUGCUAAAGGAGACGGACCCGACAAGGACGCAUUCGCCGCCAAAACUCCUGGCAUGUCUCGACGAAACAAGGCCCCUCCUGGCCUCUCCAUCGUUGCUCCCUCUCAUGAACAGUUUGCCAAUGAGAGAGUUAUCCAGUCUGCGCCUCUUGGCCACAGCUUUACCGGCCGACAACACCCUGCUCCUAUGACCCGGCAUAUCACUAACCAGCCAUCCAACCUGUCGAAUACUUCUCAUAUCCACCACAUUCCUGCUAACCAGACGGCCAACCGAUUGCCACCCAUCAGCGAUGUCUUUGGCCAGGGGCUUUCGGCACACCCCGACAAUGCUCCUCCUUCUCAGUCUCUUUACCCUAGUGGCCCCAGCUCUCGCGGGCCUUUGACAUCUCCCAGUCACCCACCGCCUCCUCCCCAGGCUCCAACGCCUGGCCGUGGCCGUGAGUACCGAUCUGCCGAGGAGGCUCAGCAAGACCUCGCUGGCGGGCGAACAGAGCUUCUCCCCAAGCUUGUCCACUAUGGCGGACACCAGCCACCAACUCCUCCUUCUCCAGCUCCCGGCAGCCGACCCAUUGAUGCGUCGCGAAGCACGAGCAGGCGAAGGACCCGUGCCGAAUAUGAAGACGGCAGCCCACCACUGGGACAUGGACCUGCCCCUACACGCGCCCGCGGACCCUUUGGUGCCGGACGAGACAGUCCUGAUACUCAGCGAGCUAAGAAGGAAGAGUUCAUUCGUCUAUGUGAACGGGCCUGGGACCUAUUCCACUCAUAG